AUGACGCACCAAGCUAAAGUCCUGAGCUCCUGGGGCGCUCGACCCCUUUCCACCGAGGCCACCACCAUCAAGGAACUCCCCGGCGACGAACCCAAUGAUGUCGUUUUCGAGAGCAAAUACGGUCUUCGCAGCGUUGUGCUCAACCGGCCCAAGAAGCUCAAUUCGCUCAAUGCCUCCAUGAUUCGCAAGAUUGUGCCCCGCCUGGUCGAAUGGGAAAAGAGCGACAUGGCCAACAUUGUGGUGAUGAAGGGAGCCGGCGAGAAGGCCCUUUGCGCUGGCGGUGAUGUUGCCGCGCUUGCUGAGUACAACCAGGAGGGUGCCGAUGGAUGGAAAAAGUCGGCCGACUACUUUGGCCUCGAAUACAAACUGGAUCACUACAUUGCUACAUAUGGGAAGCCGUAUAUUGCCUUUAUGGAUGGCAUCACUAUGGGCGGCGGUGUUGGCCUCAGCAUUCACGCCCCGUUCCGAAUUGCGACUGAGAAGACAGUUUUUGCCAUGCCUGAAACAACGAUCGGUUUCUUCCCCGAUGUUGGAGCCUCUUUUUUCCUGCCGAGGAUGAAUGGAGCUGUUGGCACUUAUCUAGCUCUUACCAGCGAGCGUCUGACUGGUCCAAACGUCUUCUACUCUGGCAUCGCCACUCACUACCUUCACUCUACCAGCCUGCCCGACCUCGAGGCCCGCCUUGCCGAGCUGCGAUUCAGAGACGAUGAUCCUUUGCCCAAGAGGCUUGCAAUUAUCAAUGACACUUUGGAGGAGUUUUGCACUGGCUUGCCUUACGACCAGCCAAUGCAGCUGGGCGGCGCGGUCCGCCAGGCCGUUGAUCGAUGCUUCAGCAAGAACAAUGUUUCCGACAUUAUUGCUGCCUUGAAGGCAGAGAAGGGGGAGACUGCGGACUGGGCCCAGAAGCAGUUAGCCACGUUGAACAAGCGAUCGCCGACGGCAGUGCAUGUGACUCUCAGGCAGAUGCGAGUUGGUGGCAAGUGGGACAUUGCCGAGACGUUCAACAAGGAGCAUCAGAUUGCCAGCAAAUUCAUGCAACACCCCGAUUUCACCGAAGGCGUCACAGCAUUGUUGGUCCGCAAAGAGAAGCCCAAGUGGCAGCCUGAGUCACUGGAGGCCAUCCCCGCCAGCGAGAACGUCUCACAGCCCUUCUUCAACUUCGAGAAGACGCAGUCUCUGGAGCUGUUCGCGGACCGUACGUACUCCGAAUACCCCUACCAGGGUCUCGGUGUGCCCACGGAAAAGGAAAUCAAGGCUGCCAUCAGCGGUGGUGGCUACACGCCUCAGGAGCUGACCAAGACCAUUGUUGCAUCAAGGAACGGGCGCCAGGGUAUUGCAGACGUUGUCAACGAGAUCAUUAGUCGCAAGACCACGGUCGAUGCCCAGGGCAAAGUCAAGUGGGUGAAUGAGGAUGCAUCGGCAGGUAGCCGAUUGUAG